ACUAAAGCGGAAGCCCUGGAGUACGUGUGGAGCAUCUUGCAGGGCGUGGAGGAGGAUGAGCAGCAGGAGGAGGAGUUCAGGGGAUUUGAGCUGAGGGAGGUGCACAAGGCCAGGAUGGCGAUGUUCAGGCUGGAGCGCAGAGCCACCGCCUGCAAGGAGGCCCUGAGGGUGGCGCUCCAGAGGAUACGUGGAGGCUCCUCCGUGCCGCCGGCCUCCGCCCAGGCUGUGGCGGUGUCGCGCAGCGCUCGCUCUCGCUACGGCCUGCGCCCGCGCGAGAGGAAAGUCUACACAGAGGUGGAGGAGCCCCAGGACGACGACUUCUUCUGGAUGCAGGGAGGGAUGCAGGGAAGUCUGCGAGCUGUGCAGGGAUUUCUACCUGGGGGAUGCUCCGUGCACGGCCCGCCAGAGUUCAUCGCGGACGCGGCCGUGGCCCCGGGAGUGGCCAACAGGGCUCGGCUCAGCCUGCCCCAGGGCCUCACCGUCGGCGCCUCCUCCAUCGCCGGCGCUGGCCUCGGGGUGUGGAGCAACAGGAAGAAGCUGCCCAAGGGGGUGAUGUUUGGGCCCUACCAGGGAGAGGUGUCUGAGGAGAACCCCGUGAGCGAGUACUGCUGGCUGAUUUACUACCGCACAUUCCGUGCCGUGGGGCCCGGCUCUGAGCUGCUGGUCUGGUACGGCGAGGAGUUCGCCCAGGAGCUGGGCAUCGCCUGCGAGGCCGGGCCCUCGCGACGCCGCAGCAGGAGCAGCAGCAACGAGAUGGCUCCCAGGGCCACCGCCAGAGACCUGCAGCCCGUGCAGCCUCCACCAAGCGAGGAACACUGUGGAGUGGGUGUGGAGGUGACAAGGCUGCCGUGUCCUGUCUGCAACCGUCAGUUCAUCUGCCGCUCUAGUCUACAGCAUCACGUGCAGAGGAAACACCCCACUAAGCCCAGUAACAAAAGUCAUCAGUGUGACCAAUGUUCAUUCAGCACAGACUACAAGUGUAGCUUGAAGAUGCACCAGAGAACACACACGGGAGAGAAGCCGUUCAAGUGCACCGUGUGUGAGAAGGCGUUUGCACAUUUAGGAUAUCUUCAUAGCCACCAGAGAACACACACGGGAGAGAAGCCGUUCAAGUGCACCGUGUGUGAGAAGGCGUUUGCACAUCUAUCACAUUUUCACAGGCAUCAGAGAACACACACAGGAGAGAAGCCGUUCAAGUGCACCGUAUGUGAGAAGGCGUUUGCACAGCUAUCACAUCUUCACAGCCACCAGAGAACACACACAGGAGAGAAGCCGUUCAAGUGCACCGUGUGUGAGAAGGCAUUUGCACAUUUACAACAUCUUCACAGCCACCAGAGAACACACACCGGCCAGGAUGCAUUUUCUCCUUCCCGUGGAAACAGAAAAGUCAGCCAUCCUGAGCAAAACGUGCACUGCGCCGAGCUGUGAAUUAGUUUUAAACAACAGGCCACGUGAUUAGCCGAGGCUGUGCCACCCUUGAAACUGAUUUUGAAUGUGAACACGGAAACCUACGGAUCCUCCUACACCUGCCUCACACUCUGUGGGGGGUGGGAGAUUAAACCGACCCGGCCACCCCUCGAUUGCAAGUGCGGAGUUCUAGGUCCCAACCACUGCACGUGUCCCCCCCCACCCCCAUCACCUGGGGGUCCCUGUGUGUGUGAGUGUGCAGAGUCUCCCGUGCAGAGCUGCACUGUUGUUACCCUAGAGGGGGACACCGCAGGGCGAUCCACCUACAGACACCCCAGUCUGCACGUCUCCCGCCGGUCUCCAUGCGCACCGCGUGCCGUCUCGUAGCCCUGCCCCGUGCGACGUACGUACAGUACGUACAGUACAUACCCAUCCAGCGGUAGACUGAACCGCGGCCGAUGACGAAGGUGGCAUCCGCUCACAAAUCUCCGUGCACUCAGUCCCGUAGCCCCGAGCCAUCGCUUGCGCGAUAUUCACUUUGCCGCUGAGAUGAAAGCUACGGGGAGGAGGUGGGGUGGGGGUGCUAGGAGAGGACAUCUGUGGAACGGCUGGAGAUCUGCGAAGAAGAGCUUCAUAGCUCAUCGGAUUCCUGCGGUCUGAAAAAAUAUUCCGAGAGGGCGUUGGGGGAGGGGGGUGUAGGUAUGAUUGGGGCAUCUGCACUUGGAUCACCCUGCGUGUUGUUGCUGCCUCCCCCGUUGAAAAUGUUCCCAGCGUGAACUUCACCCUUUGCCGUCGCGACGACGCCGCGCGCCGUGCGUGAACGUCGUCGUCGGAAUAACAAAACGCAGUAAAAACUAAAGCAACAUUAUCGGUACCGAGGCUCCCACAGGGCCACGCGGGGCAGGGAGUGUGGCACAGUUUUCGCGCCGGCUAGCGCAGAGUGGCGGCGGUCGUGUCGCUACGCUUCUCUGCGGUGAGCAACGACGUCUUUAUAACAACAACAGCAGUGCUGCUGCUGCUGCCACUGCUGCGGUGAACGGUGACAGCCACCCCGUGACCUGUGACCCCCACCCCGUGAACGGUGACACCCACCCCGUGAACGGUGACACUCACCCCGUGAACGGUGACCCCCACCCCGUGAACGGUGACACCCCAUGGGUGGAAAAAACCCGAUUUUUCCAGCUGCAGGCAUCGGGUUUUUUCUUUAACACAAUUAAACCCGAUUUCGGGGAAUUAAAACCUGGUUUAAUGAAUACGAAACUCUGAUAGGCUUAGGCUGCUUCCUCGUCGGUGCUGCUAUGGUACUCGGGGCCGUCGGGCACGGGGUAGUCGUAGAAUGCGGCGGGCAGGUUGGUCUUAAUGAACACGAGCUUCUCCACAAUCGUGGGCGCCAGUGAGUUCCUUAGCUUGGAAUGGAUGAAGCCCAUCGUUGAGAAGUGCGGUUCUGCAAUUAGAACCAAUGAAACCGGAUUUCUCUCAAUCUUAGAUGAUCGGGUUUAAUAUAAAAAGACAAUUAAACCCGAUUGUAAAAAACCCGACUGUGCCACCCUUGUGACACCCACCCCGUGAACGGUGACACCCACCCUGUGAACGGUGACACCCACCCCGUGAACGGUGACACCCACCGACCCUGCAACUCUGCAGACGUCUCGGACGCGGGAAAGGGUUGAGAGAUUUUCUGCGUCGUCCCGGUUGCUCGCGUGAUGUCGCACGGUGGUGGCGCGCGUUGACUCUUGCACGUUUAAGAAAGUUGAGCGUUAGUUUGUGAUUCUGUUUAAAAUGAUAUAUAUACAUACUUAAACUAACAAACAUUAUCUUGGGAUUCUACCAAGUAAGGUCCAACUGGAUACGUAGUAGCUCUUUUAUCAGACGCGACCACCUGGCCAUCACAAAUGAAAGCUCAACGAAGUGGCUUAUCAUUGUGUGGACAUUUAUAGCGGCCAAAUACUCUGAUUGCGUGAUCUCGAUUCUAAAUGUCGAGGGAAAACCGGAGGACCUGGAGAAAAUCCACACGACCACGGGGAGAGAGAGAGAGAGAGACGCGCAAACUCAAAAUAUACAGCAGGCGUCAGGGUCGGAAUCAAACACACAAUCUCCUGUAUACCAGGAGAGGUAGUUAACAUCUCAACAUGCGUUCAGAGUAUUUGGCUGCUGUAAAUGUCACGUGAUAAGCCACUUCGGUGCGCUGCUGUCAUUUGUGAUAGCCAGGUCGCUGCUACACAGCUCAGUGGGGGCCUUACCUGGAAAAGUAAAAUGAAUAAUGAAAAUCUACUGUAUUCUUGGUUCUUUUGGUAAAGUCACGUAGAAGGGAAAUAAUAAA